UGUGAUUUUAACGGCGGGUGUGUUUGGGGUUGUUCGCGUGUGUUCGGGCGCGGAGCCGGAACUGCAGUCACUGGCGUGAAGGAGUAAGAUGGAAGAUAAUGCUGACGGGCAGUAUAAAUACAGGAGCUCUCUGCCAGUUGCCCAAUUCAGCCGCGGCGACUUCUCCCUGUGGUCGGUGCUGAAGAACUGCGUGGGCAAGGAGCUGUCCAAGAUCACGAUGCCGGUGGUGUUCAAUGAGCCGCUCUCCUUCCUCCAGCGGAUGCUCGAGUACCUGGAGUACGCGCAUCUGCUCAGAAUGGCCUCCGAACAAACUGAUCCAGUCGCCAGGAUGGAGUACAUAGCUGCUUUUGCUGUAAGUGCGUUGGCGUCGAAUUGGGAACGCCUGGGUAAACCUUUCAACCCACUGCUUGGUGAAACUUACGAGCUCGAGAGACCAGAGUUUAGAGCAGUCUGUGAACAGGUUUCCCACCAUCCCCCAGUAUCAGCGUUCCAUGCGGACAGUCCUCACUUCGUGUUUCACGGGUCCGUUCACCCCAAACUCAAAUUUUGUGGCAAAAGCGUCGAAAUACAACCCAAGGGACAUGUCACUGUGGAGCUGCCCAGAUGGGGUGAAGCCUACACGUGGAGUAACGUAAACUGCUGCGUUCAUAAUGUUAUUGUUGGUAAGCUAUGGAUCGAGCAGUAUGGUCCCAUGGAAGUGGUGUGCCAUGGUGGGUCUGGACUGAAGGCCAACCUGUCCUUCAAGCCGGCCGGCUUCAACAAUCGAGACUUGCAUAGAGUUGACGGCUUUAUAGUGGACUCCAAUAAGAAACGCAUUCGAUUCCUAUAUGGUAAGUGGACGGAAUACAUAAAGUGCUGUAAUGCGGCUGCUUAUGAACAAUGGGCAAAAGAACGUGGAGAGGAAGCGAGCGCACAACAAACUCCGUCCCACACUCCCAAGAAAGUGCUCGCCAAACUAAACAGUUUCAAAGUAGGGGCGCUACGCUCCAUGUCAGUACAGGACUCGGAUGAACCUGAGAACUCAGAUGAUGUACCCAAGUCAGAUGACACGUUCAACAUCGAGAUACCGAGCUCUGUCACUCUGUGGGAGGCCAGGCCCAGGCCCAGCAGUAGUGCACAACUGGAGCGCGACAUGAAGGGCCAGCUGUGUCCGACGGACAGCCGGCUGCGUCCCGACGUGAGGCUGCUGGAGCAGGGCGACAUCGACGCAGCUCUCAAGAAGAGCUGGCAGGCCAGAUGGUUCAGCCAGGGAACAAACCCGUACACUAAACAGGAGGAUUGGCUCUACAACGGCGGAUACUGGGAUCGUAACUACCAACAUUUGAAAGAUGUCGACAUAUUUUAAUAUUUCACAAUGGCAUUCGGAAAGAAUUAUAUAC